GAGGUGGUGGUGCGCCACCGCAUGAUAAGGUCGAGGAAGUUGGCUCGUGCCAUGGCUAUUCUGAAGGAGUUUGAGCAAGAGUGUGGAACUCCAAUUGAGAAGCUGAGACAGUUGGGUGAUGCCAUGGAAGCUGAGAUGCAUGCGGCGGGUGAAGGUGGCGGCAACAGCAAGCUGGGCAUGUUGAUGAGCUAUGUCGAUAAUCUCCCAACUGGGGACGAGGAAGGACUCUAUUAUGCACUUGAUCUUGGUGGCACAAACUUUCGGGUCAUUCGUGUACAUUUAGGUGGGAAAGACAAAGGUGUUAUUGGCCAAGAAUUUGAAGAAGUUUCAAUUCCUCCUCAUUUGAUGUCCAGUUCUUCACAUGAACUCUUUGAUUUUAUAGCAGCAACUCUUGCAAAGUUUGUUGAUUCAGAGCCUCAAGGUUUUCAUGGUAGACAAAGAGAACUGGGUUUUACUUUCUCAUUCCCAGUUAAGCAAACAUCAAUUGCAUCUGGGAAUCUAAUAAGGUGGACUAAGGGUUUCAAUAUUGAAGAUGCAGUUGGGGCUGACGUUGUGAGAGAAUUAACUAAGGCGUUGGAAAAAAUAGGGCUUGACAUGAGGGUUGCCGCUCUUGUUAACGACACAGUUGGAACAUUAGCUGGAGGCCGGUUCUACGAUCAAGAUGUGAUUGCAGCUGUGAUUCUGGGGACGGGGACAAAUGCAGCGUACGUAGAUGAUAAUGAUAUGGUUAUAAAUAUGGAGUGGGGUAGUUUCGAUUCCGAAUAUCUUCCUCUAACGGAAUACGAUCAAGCUUUGGAUGCUGAGAGCUUGAACCCUAGAGCGCAGAUUUAUGAAAAACUGAUUUCCGGCAUGUAUUUGGGAGAAAUUGUGAGGAGAGUUUUGUUGAGGAUGGCUCAACAAGCCGAAUUUUUUGGAGACAUUGUACCUACUAAGUUGAAGGUUCCUUUCAUUCUUAGGACACCGGAUAUGUCGGCGAUGCACCAUGACACAACUCCAGAUUUGAAGAUGGUCAGAAACAAAUUGAAGGAUGUAUUGGGGAUCUCUAACACAUCCCUAAAAAUGAGGAAGAUUGUGGUGGAACUAUGCGACAUUGUAGCUAGUCGCGGCGCUCGGCUUGCUGCUGCCGGUAUUUUGGGAAUCCUUAAGAAACUAGGAAGGGACAUUGUUAAGGGCGAGGAGAAGCAAAAGUCCGUCAUAGCAUUGGAUGGAGGACUGUUUGAGCAUUACACUGAAUUCAGAACUUGUCUGGAGGGUACACUUAAGGAGUUGUUGGGAGAUGAGGUAGCUAAGACCAUUAUUCUUGAGCAUGCUAAUGAUGGCUCGGGCAUUGGAGCAGCUCUCUUAGCGGCUUCUCAUUCACAGUAUUUGGAUUGA